GAGCCGCCGCCGCGCGCCUUCGACCCGGCGCUGCUGGAGUUCCUGGUGUGCCCGCUGUCCAAGAAGCCGCUGCGAUAUGAAGCAUCCACAAACGAACUGAUCAAUGAAGAGUUGGGAAUAGCUUAUCCAAUCGUUAAUGGGAUUCCUUACAUGAUACCACAAGCAGCUAGAACCACACAUCCACAUAAGAAGCAAGAAGAAACAGAGCAGCACUGAGUCAUCAUUUUAAAAAAACACAGCUU